AACAAAAAAAAUCCAUAAAAUUUGGCCUCUACUAUAAGCCCCCGAGCACUUCAGUACAACCUCCUUACCCAUCUCCAUUUCUUAUCCUCGCUUUCUACCUUCUCUGGCCAAAAGCCAUGUUUGAAGAAUCCGUAUCUUCCAUACCCUCCUCUGUCUGGGCAUCCAUGAAUAGUUGGUUCACCCCAUCUGUUCUCUUUCUCUUCCUCAAUCUCAUGAUAGGCACCAUUGCCAUCACCUCAAGGUUAGCCACCCUGAAACCCACCCAACACCAAGAGGACAAACAACCACAACACGACGGGCAUCAACUUGUUAGAUCUCCAUCCGUGCUUCAAAGGUUCAAAUCUAUCAACUUCUACAGUUAUAGAUCUUCUGAACCCACUACCGUAACCUAUGAAAAAACUCAGCAAUUUGACUCCCAUUUCACUCUCCAACAAUCUCCUCACGAUGAGUACCACCAAAAUCAACCUUUUAUCUGUAGAUCUCCUUCUAUUCUUCAACGUCUAAAGUCUGUCAACCUCUAUAAUUACUUCUCUCAGGAACCCAGUACCAAUAAUUUGCCCAGAACUCAAGAAACGCACACUCAUUUCACUCCACAGCCAGUUUAUCAACUGGAACAAGAACAGCUCCAAGAACAAGAAGAAGGAGUGGAAACAGAACAAGAAGAGGAAGAUACUGAGGAAAUCCAAGAUCAAGAACAGACCCUUGACGAGAUAUACAGCAAGCUACAGAGCAAUAAUAAAGUGAACAGGUCCAAAUCGGACACAAAGCCAACCUCUGGCGAGGUUCCCACAAAGCUUCCAAAGAAAAUGAAAAAAUCUGCUAGCGCAAAGUCUGCUUUUGCUCAUUUCAAAGAAGAAGACAUUGUGGAAUCUCGUCGGCCGGCGACUGUGAGACAAAGCAAGACUAAAGCGACAGAGGAGGAUGAUGCGGAAGUGGAUGCCAAGGCUGAUGAUUUCAUCAACAGAUUUAAGCAGCAAUUGAAGUUGCAGAGGAUUGAUUCCAUUAUGAGGUACAAGGAGAUGACCAGUAGAACAAGUGGAAAUUAACUAAUCAAAGGUGGGUUUUAGAUUUCUGGGUUGGAUUUUAUUUUUGUUAAUUUGUUUGAAAUUUUAGGUUUCAUUGAAUGUGGAUCCACUUAAACAAUUUCACUGCUUUGUUGCCUGUGCUGGGCUUGCUCUGCUCAGCUCUGCUAUUGCUAAUACUCAUUAAAAUCACUAAAAAUUCAUCUUAUUAGUUA